AUGAGCUUAUCUCUACUGCAAGGUUACUCCUCGGCUGAAGAAGACGAUGAAGAUAAUGAAGACCAGCAGCAAUUAUCGCGAGAUGAAUUUUCCUCGGACGGUGAUGAAGACGACAACGACGCCGUUUUGCAGACCGGUCGUUCAUACAAACCCUUGCUCGACCCAAAUCCGGCGUCUUCUUCCUCAUUGCCAUCCGCUUUUGAAGUCUUCUCCGAAGUUACGGGGCCGCCGCAGUUUCUGAACAACUCUGUUCAGGGAGAUACUUCGAAAGAGAAUGUGCAGCGGUGGAGGCACGGCCGUGGUAGAAGAAAUCGCGAAGAAAAGAAAGAUUUACCUUCAGGUGUUGUCGUUGAGUCUAAGGCUCAGUUAGUCGGGAUUUACGAGAGAGUGAGAACUGAUGCCGAGAGCAACCUCACCGGAGGCCAAUCGAGUGGUAGUAAAGCAGGCAUUGCUGCACCAGGUGGGAAACGUGUGGCCACUGUUGGCAACCCAAAUGCAGAAGAUGCAGCUGAGCUGUUGAGGAUAUGUGUGAGAUGUGGAAUUCCCAAAACUUAUUCUCACGCAAAAGGAAUGGUCUGCCCCAUGUGUGGAGACCAACCAGCAGCGGACUCUGAUAAAGAUGCCUUGAAGAAGAAAGGGUCAACUGUCAAGGACAAGGAGAAAAAUAAGAGGAUGAAAGGCCAGUCGUCUCACGCCACAUGGAAAAGCGAAACGGAGAUGCAACUCAGACAGCAGUUUGAUUAG